UUUAUGAGAGAAUAAAAUUGAAAUACCACUGACAGAUUACUGACGUUUGUUUUGUUUAACCUAUGUUUAUCAUUGUCACUUACUGUCACGCGUUCUUUUGUGAAAAUUUUGAUAGAAAUACAAAAUACAUAACUUUAAAUAACAGUAUCAAUUUCACUAAUGAUCUUCUAUUAUUUUUCUGGUAUUGAAGUAAAAUUAAAUUAAUUCAAAAUGCGAGAAAUGAGCGACGACGAUCGUGAUAUUGAUAUUGAAAGCGAUGCCGAAAACGACUCAGACUCAAGACCGCACGCCAGGGGCAGUUUCAGCGGCAGUGGAUAUUAUUCCCAGGCUGAAAAGAGAGCUCAUCACAACGCAUUAGAGAGAAAGCGUAGAGAUCAUAUUAAGGACAGUUUUAGUUCAUUGAGGGAUUCAGUGCCAGCACUACAAGGAGAAAAAGUGGCGAGUCGUGCACAAAUCUUGAAAAAGGCUGCAGAAUAUAUACAAUUUAUGAGACGGAAAAACAACGCUCACCAACAAGACAUAGAUGAUUUAAGAAGACAAAAUAACGUAUUGGAGACACAGAUACGAUUACUAGAAAAAGCAAGAGCUAGCGGAAACUUAUUGGAAGCACAUGAACUAGGGAUUGGAAUCAAGUCAGAAGGAAGCUCACAUGACACGGACAGUUCUGAUGGAGAAGGAACCACGCGACGCGUCAAGAAACUCAAAAUAAACAGUACUAAUUCGUAAUUAUAAGUAACUAAAUGUAAAGUUAUUAGGCAAUUUAGUCGGUUUCUUUUAAUAAAACAAUAUAUUUUGAGAUCUAUUUUUACCAAAGAACCAGUUCUGUGGUUUUCUUUUACUGAAAAUUGCCUACUAAUUUUAACAUUUUGAUUUAGCAAUAAUAUUUUUAAAGCAUAUUUAAAGCUGAAUAUUCUUAUGAAAGUAUCUAGCUUUUGUUUUGCGAACCAAAAAAAAAUUGUUAUAUAUUUUAAUGGAAAACAUCUAGCAAGCAUUGUAAAUAAGAGUUUAGAGGUAUAGUUCGCGUCAUGUAAAAAGAACGCUGGCCUUGAAGCUGCGCAGAAGCGAUUUAUCGGUCUAUUUGGUGG